AUGAAGGUGCUAGAAGUUAACCUACCAGAAAGUUCUCGAAAAUUUAUUACUUGCAUUAGGAAGUACAUGUUGUUCUAUUUGAAAUUGACGGAGGAGACGGUAGACAUCUCUACUCUAGACCAUGCUUACACAUCUAUUUGGGCAAAUAAGAGGCUCUCCUUGUGCUUGGAAGAUCUCGUUCCAGUAGCACUUGGUAGGUACAUCAAGGCUCUAACUUCAUCUAUGCGUCAAACUAACAAUGGCUCUGGUGCUGCGAACGGAUCUCUUGAUCAUCUUCUGGAGAACAUGUUCUCUUUGUUCUUAGAACAUGUGACCAUAUGGUCCGAUAUAUGCAAUUUUCCUGAGAUCAAGGGCCCAGAGUUGGUGAAAAGCAACUUCCAUGGGUAG